AAAAAUAAAAAGUUCGCACCAUUUCCGCGUACCUUUCUGUGUAAAAGUAGAAAAUCCAGUUGGACCCAACCAGACCGAGUGAUCGCGAUCUUCAAGCUCAGAGCUUUCACGACAUCGCAACGUUUGCAUUCAAUUGCAAUCCAGCAGCCUUCAGGCCAUCUUGUACGGCAGUUCCGAUCAGUGGUUUACAGUGCAAGGGGAAAUUUGCGGUUUGCAGAGAGGCAGAUUUUCAAGAGUGGACCGAUAGUCUUACAACGCUGGUCACCACUUGUUACGAGGAACAAAAACGCAGAUACGCGAACAUCACCACUUGAAAAAUGAAAGUAGCGGUUGCAGUUGUUUUACUGAUUUGCAUUUGUGUCAUCGAGGCACGGACCAAAGCGGAGAAAAGAAAGGACUUUGAAUAUGACUACGACACAGCCGCAGCUAGUGCUGGUUACGGAGCAUCUUACUCUCCCAAGUCUGGAUACAGUGCCGGAAGUGGUCUUCGUUCGAUUGCACAAGGAUCGGCUGACCAAGCCAAUUCAGCUGUAGCCAACCAACAUGCGGCGGCUAAACAGGCUUCAUAUGUCGCGCAAAAUACUCUCGCCCAGGCAGCAGCCCAAGCCGCAGCUACCGCUCAAGCAGCUCUUCACGGAAAGCAAAUUUUACUGCAAAGUCUGGAACAGCAGAGUCUGGAAGCGCAUCAAGCGCUGGAUGCCGAGAUUCAGCAACUACAACAAGCCAAGCGUUCCGCCAAAGCUGCACAACACGCUGCUCAACAGGCGUUGAACCAUGUACAGGUGCUGACGGCCGCUCUGAACAAUGCACAGGUUGCUUCUGAACAUGCCCAGCAAUCUGCCAGUGAAGCCGCAGCCGAACUCGCAUCGCAAACGCAAAUGGUUGGUAGUGCCAAGGCACGAGUAGAGAACAUCGAAGAACAGUUGAACUCGGCUCGCGUUGACUUUGAGGCCACACAGGAGGCUGCCCACAAGGCGGCAUCCUCUGCCCAGGAAGCUCAGAACAAUGCUGCUGAAGCUGCUGCUCAUGCUGCCAUCACUCAUCGUAGCGGUACGGUCGCGGGCGAUCAUCAACAUCAACAUCAACAUAACCUUCAACAUCAACUUCAACAUCAAAUCCAAGCUAAAGCUUUCAAAGCAACAGGUAUACAUCAACAAGGAGAUGACAUCAACAGUGCCGAACAGGAAGCUCCGUCCAACCACAAAUUCAAUGAUUUUAAGCCUGCUUCCCAAUCUUACAACUACCCUGGAUAUAAAUAACUUCCUGCGAAUGACUGACUCAAACAAGUUUAGUGACCUCUCUAUGUUUUAAUAGACGAAAAAAGAUAUAUCGAACGUUUCAUUACAAGGAAAGCUUUCGUUCCGUAAUUAACAUCAUCGAUCAUUGAAAUGAAGAUGAUCGGCAUCGCUAUAUUACGCGGUGAAUUUUAUUAACCAUUGUGUGUAUAGCGAGCGUGAGUUGUAUUGAGAAAAAAAAAUCCUAACCUAACCGUCGGUAUGAAUUGUUCAAAACCCGGAUGAAACUUAGAUUCGAGAGUUUUCUAUACAGUCGGCCACCUAAUAGUGGCAAUUGUAGGGGUUUGCAGUUCAUUCAUAAGUACAUAUACAUUAAUAGUUCAUAGUUAUAUUUUGCCUUCCAUGAAUUUGCGUUUUUAAAGCCGUUAGUUUAUUUUGGCGGAUAGCAACCAAUACCACCAUAGUUGUAAGACACGAUGUAUAUUUAUUUACACCAAUUUGGCAAGUGAACCAGCAUGCACCCCCAACCCGGUUGAAUUCGCGCGAAUUUGGCUACAUAGGUCGAUAGGCGAUAAAUUAUUUAUUUCUAAAUUGAAUCUAACUGAUUUCGGUAGAUAAUUUUAACCUGUUGCUAUAUCUUAGAAAUUGCUUUAUGCUUUCGAAAAAUUCAAAUAAAAUUACAUUUUUAUUAAGUA